UCAAGUUUCUUCUUGCGCGAUGUCCAGCUACUUUUCUAUUCCGAGACGAUUUAUCCUUACACUUCAAUUUUCUUCAGUUCUUUAUUCUUCAUUGCUACGAGAAGUUUUUGCGCUGGACAUGUCUAGACGAUAAGAACAGUAAUCAAGAGCAUCGAUAUUUUUCACGUUCGCUGUGACAUUCGCUGAUCUUACUCAAAGUUGAAAAAUUAAAAAAACGCCUUGACUUUGCGAAUUUGUUUCCAGCUUUCACAAUUUUAAUUGACUGACAUUUUAUGUUCUGCGAAAAAUUAUGCGAUUGCGGAUAGAAUCGUUUUAUGACAAACAAGUGAUAUCGUGGAGUAAGCUGCUACUGUCGAUAAUCGGUCUCUGGCCAGAAAAUCACAAUGAUUUCCGAUUUUUCUUUUAUAUCACGUACAUCAUAAGUUGCUCAUUAUUGUUGAUCGUAAAUUUAAUGCAGAAUAUGCACGAUAUGAAGAAGGUCAUGAGGUACAUCACUUUUGUGUUUCCAAGCAUCCUGAUUGUGUUGAAAAACGUGAUGUUCCGAUGGAAGAAAGAUCAAUUAUUACCCAUAUUGGCAGUUAUAAAGGGAAACGUUAAAGAAGGACUUUAUCAAACUUAUGAUGAGAAAUAUAAAGUGAUUUGGUAUAAUAUAGCUUCAACAUUAUUUACCACGUCAUCUGUAACGUCGUUGUUUUUUGUGCCUGCAUUAUAUUACUUAGCACCAAUCUUCGCCUGUAUCUUAUCUAAUGAAUAUGGUUCCGGCAACUGUACUCUUCCAUACGAGUUGCCGGUUCGCGUAAAUCUUGUCUACGAGAUAUCGGGGAUGCGCUCGUACGUGCUGUUUUGCGUGAUUUUAAUACCAUCAAGCACAUUCCUGACCAUUGGUGCGACUGCAGCGGACAGUGCCAUGAUCUCUCUGACGUUUUAUUUAUGUGGCCAAUUGUCGAUUCUUGAUCAUCGGAUGAAAAACAUCGAUCUGAAGUCAUCAAAGUGUCAUUACGAAAUGAAGGUGCUCGUAAAACGGCACAUGGAGCUAAUACAAUUAGCAAAUAUCUUGGCAGAUACGUUUAGUUGGCUCAUGUUUGUGCAGACAGUGGGCAUAAUAUUUUCUCUCUGCAUUAUACUGUACCAACUACUUAUGACAGCCGAAGGUGAAAAAGAAAUAGACGAGAUUAUUCAUUUCAUGAUGUAUUCAAUAGCAGUAGUGCUGCUAGCAUUUUGUUAUUGCUUUUUGGGAGAAUGUUUGAUUAGCGAAAGUUUGGCUUUGGAGUGGGCAUGUUACUCGAUAAACUGGUACGAAUCAUCAUCCGAGUUUGUACAUCUUCUAAUGAUAUGCAUUGCUCGAUCACGAAAGCCGUUAUGUUUAACGGCCGGGAAGUUUUAUGUCUUUUCUUUGGAAACAUUUGGCACGGUAAAUUCGAUGAUCUUCCCGAAUGUUCUCAACAGGACAGUCACAGAUAUCUUGCAUAAUUGCUCUGUUUCUGAUUUAUUUUUAAUACUUAUAUGUAAAUAAAUGACAAGAGUAUUGAAGAUAUAAUGCAUUUUUGCAGAUAAUAAAGGCAUCCAUGGCGUACCUAUCGGUUUUAAAAACUAUUACGUAGAUCAUCAAAUUUAAAUAAAAAAAGAAUUUUGAUGUAUUAGUAAUGCGAAGAAACUUAUAAAAUAUUCUAUUUUUCAUCAAUAAAUUCACAUGUUUUUCAAAUUAGUAUUGUAUAAUUUUAUUGUUUAUAAAUUGUUUCAUACAUUUAAGUUUUCCUUAAUGCCUUAGUUCCUUACUAUGUCCCUUAGUUAUAUCUCUAUGUAUAAAAUUCGCAUAAUUGUGUAAAUAUUGUCAAUUACAUCGAUUCAGCUUUGUAAAUAAUCCUACUAUAUCAUGAAAGAACAAUUAUGUAAAGCACACAGUAGAUUGUGCAAUACUUACCCAACUCGCUUGACUAAUCAACAACUGCAGACAUAAUUAAGACAUUGUCAUUCAAAUAAGAAAUAUCGAUGGAAUAUCAAAGGUCAAUUUAAAUCAUAAUUGAACAUGUACAGAUUGCGAUAUUCAAUUGUCAUAAAAUCUAGGAUGAUGGACAGGGUGUUUACGACAAUGAGAACUUGUUGAUUGCUGCAAGACGAAAUGAUCAAGCGUAGUUUCAAACAAUCCAUAGAAACAAUCUCUCGAAGAAAAUCUCUGGAUUGUCACUUCGCCUUAACGCUAUCAACGAUCAGAUUUUGGCUGAAGGAGUUGAAAGAAAAAUUUAUUUCCGUUUAUUAAGGAAAGAUACAGAGUGUACAAUGAUCGUAGAUACAAAUUAUGUAUAUUAUUGGCUGUUCUCUUGUGCUAUUGCUGAUAUUGUGGGUGCGCGGCGGAUUCGAUAAUUCUGUUACAUACGUGCAUACAUUCACAUGUACAACAUUCACGACCUAACAAAAUAAC